CUGACAUCUGUUAGUUUUGUGUACUUCGUUUGCAAUUGAACACGUCAGGACUGGGCGCAAAUAAAAUCAAAUAUUUACUACGAAACACAUUGUUCUGCUGUGCAGCAUGAAGUUCUAAUGUACGCUCACAGUGCGCGAUAGUCCUAAGUCACCGAUCACACCUCGAUUCGAAAGCACAACAAUCACAAAAUGGGCGGUCUGUGGUCAUACUUUCGCGGCCUGUUGGGUGCUCGCGAGAUGCGCAUCUUAAUCUUGGGUCUGGAUGGCGCUGGCAAAACAACCAUUCUUUAUCGGCUACAGGUCGGCGAGGUCGUCACAACUAUUCCUACUAUAGGUUUCAAUGUAGAACAAGUACAAUAUAAAAAUCUAAAGUUUCAAGUGUGGGAUUUAGGUGGUCAGACAAGUAUUAGGCCUUAUUGGAGGUGUUACUACAGUAAUACAGAUGCAAUAAUUUAUGUUGUUGACUCAGCCGAUAAAGAAAGGAUAGGAAUAUCGAAAGAUGAAUUAUUCCAUAUGUUAAGGGAAGAAGAAUUAAACGAUGCAAUAUUGGUAGUAUUAGCAAACAAACAAGAUAUGGCUGGUUGCAUGACAGUCGCCGAAGUCCACCAAGCCCUGGGCCUGGAAGCCCUCAAGAACCGAACGUUCCAAAUCUUCAAAACGUCGGCAACAAAAGGCGAAGGCCUGGAUCAAGCGAUGGACUGGCUGGCAAACGCGUUGCAGAACAAGAAAUAACAGGCCUCUAGACAAACACACACACCCAUAUACACCCUGUAACAUCUAGUCUGUUCUCGUUUCCAACCAUAUCGUUUCUUUCCGUUUGCCGUGCCCCAAUACGUAAUUAAUCAACCCGUCGAGGCGCCUUCCUCGUUGAUUAAUUAUCCAAAGUGAGUUUAUUUAUUUAUAAAAUUACGUUCAUUCCAAGUUAGUUGUGUUAGGCGACACAGGGCACACACAAAAACACUGCAGAUUUCGUUUUGUUUGCAUUUUUACUUCUAUUCAUUAAUUCGGUUGCGUUCAACAUCAAUUACACAGUAAAUAAAAAGAAGAACAUAAAUACUAUUAAAAUUAAAAUAAUCAUGGUAUCAUAACUGAAGCGAUGUAAUUUUAUACUGUACAUUUUUAAUAAAUGUAAGUAUUCGACCA